AUGGAUGAGUUGCCGCGACUCGUGUCGGAUUACAACGCACGCAAGCAUCGAACGAUCGGUAUGCGAUCCGUCGACGUUACUCCCGCGAUCGCCGAAAGACUCUUGGCUACGGUAUACAGCACGAUAAAGAUAGCGGGUUCAGCAAAGUUCAAAGCAGGUGACUCGGACUAUCGCGGAAAAUCUAUCGCUAGAGCGUUCUACGAGUUGCGUCGUGCGAAUUAUCCGGAUGUGUACCUCGUGGAGAAAGAACUGCGCAGGAAGGGUGAUAAGGUUUACGUGAAAUGGCUGGGAUUCGAUGGAUCGCACAAUUCUUGGAUACACAAGGACAAUGUCAUUUAA